AGUGGUCCUCUUCCUUCCAAACCCUCCUCCCUCCUCUUCGGGAUCUCUUCCCAAAACUAGCUCUAUUCGUUUCCCUGCGAUCCCGUUUCCCCCGCCCCGUAUAUCUCUCUCUCUCUCACACUGGUUAAAUUUAGAUUUAGAAUUAGGGCUUAAGGUUAGGGCUUGUUCGGGCGGUGGGGAUGAAGGGGCGACGGGCCUGCGAGCUGUGCAAGGGCGGCGCCGCCGUCUACUGCGAGGCGGACGCGGCGUUCCUCUGCUGGCCCUGCGACGCUGGCGUCCACGGCGCUAACUUCCUCGUCGCCCGCCACCUCCGCCGGAUCGCCUGCGCCGAAUGCCACGCUCUCGACGACGCCCGCGUCCUCUUCGGUGCCGGAUCCCCCCCGAUCCGCUCCCUCUGCCGCUCCUGCAGUCGCGCAACCGGUCCCUCCUUCUCCGACGCCGCCUCAUCGUCGGACUCCUCUUGCGUCUCCACCGCCGACUCGGCGGUCUCGGAAUCAGCCCGGAGAGGAGCGGCGGCUGUGGAAGGCGUUCUUAUAAAUUGGAGCCGAAGGAUGGGGCUGGGGGACCAAGGCGCGAGGCGGUGCGCGGCGGUUGCGACGCGCGUGCUGUGCGCGUGCUCGGGUAAAAUGGCGGUUACGACCCUCCGGGUUAGCCUGGCGGCCGCUCUCUGGUUCGCCGUGAAGCGGUGCGGCAACGGAGGUCGCACGUGCGAAGGGGCGAGGCUGAGGGCAUUGGAAGCGUGUGCUGGUGUGCCCGCGAAGCUUAUCGUGGUCGCUGAGUCGAGGCUCGCUCGUGCCGCGAGGCGAGCCCGAGUCGGGGAGGAGCAGGAGGGAUGGGCCGAGUGCUGGUGAAUAAGAGAAAACUCUUUUGAGUCAGGGAUUUUCUUCUGGCAUGCGUGAGUUUUUUUUCUUCAAAAAAAAGUAUUCUAGGAGAUAUCUUUGUAGUGUUGUAUAUAUGGCUUUUCCUUUGUCUGUUUUUUUCGGUUGUUAAGAUGUAUUAAAAAAAAAAUCUGAAGACUAACAUGUAUUAGAGAUGAUAUUUGCUUGUUAAUGAUAGCUUUUUGUUUUUUGUA